AUGAGCAAUUUCGAUUCACAAAGGCAAGAAUCACUGAAAAGGAGGUGGCAGGAGCAAGUAAUCAACCACUCAACCCCAUCAAAUUUCUACAACAAAGCUCCAUCGACAGAGCCCUUAAUGGGAAACCAUAAAAAUCUCCAAACUUCUUCGGGGUUUUUAGAUGAUAAUCUUGUUUCUUCGGUGGUGCCGCCAGUGACGGUGGUGCUGGAAGGCCGUUCAAUCUGCCAGCGUAUCAGUCUUCACAAACAUGGAAGCUACAAAAGCCUCGCAAAGGCUUUGAGACAAAUGUAUGUUGAUGAGGAUGCAUCGUCGUCGUCUGAUAAUGAUGUUGAUCUUGACCUUUCAAAUGCUAUUCCUGGUCAUCUCAUUGCAUAUGAAGACAUGGAAAAUGAUCUUCUUCUUGUUGGUGACCUAAACUGGAAGGAUUUUGUUAGAGUGGCAAAAAGAAUUCGAAUAUUACCGGCAAAGGUUAGAUCCAGAAAACAGAAAAAGGAGGAGAUGAGUUAA